UCUUUGUGACAUAUAUAAAACUCGUGGACGUAGUUGAUACGUACAGUGCACACACUUACAAGUCGUGUCCACAGUAAUGGCGGCUCUGCUCGGGAUGAGAUGCCUUGUGGUCUGCCUCUCCCUCGCGUUCUUCUUCUCCCUGGGCUGCCUCCCUCGCGGCGGCUCCGCCAAGAGCCUGCCCCGACCGCCGCCGAACAUGAACUUCACCAUCGGCGUCGAAGGCGCCGUCUGGUGCCAGGGCUGCCGGUACGCCGGCUACGACAAGUCCAAGAACGCGUCCCCUCUUCCGAAUGCCGCGGCGCAGCUGCUGUGCCGCCGUGGGAAAAAGUGGGCGCUGUUCGCGUCGGGGUCCACGGACGAGGGCGGCAACUUCCGGAUCCUGACGCCGAAGCAGGUGGCGCCGUUUACGAGCAAGGACUGCACGGUGUACGUGCAGCGGUCGCCGGUGGGCGCGUGCGGCGUGGCCCUGAAGCCAAGCGGGGGCAAGGCGGGGUCGCCACUCAAGUUCCGCAAGUUCGUGCCGCUCUCCGACGAUGACCUGCAGGCGAUCUACUCGGCCGGGGAAUUCCUGUUCGGGACGGGACCAUCCGGCAAGUGCUGAUCAAUUGAUCCAGUUGAUGUGGAGGGUAAUUUAAGUCGCUGAUGUACAUGCAUGUGAAUGUGAAUGUGUCCGACGUUCCUCUUUGUUUCCGUGGGCGGUAAUAAAACAAGUAUCAGUUGAUGAUGGUCGCGUACCACGAAUCUGGGAUCCCUAGCUCUGUACACCAGCGGCAGCAAAGAUCAUGCAGGAUAAUACUAACUUGCUCUUUACUCCA